CAGCCCCUCUUUGCUGAUCUCUCUAGGUUGCAGCUCAUCAGUCCUGCGCUGCCUCCUUCAGCAGCUCCAAUCCCACUUUACGCAGCAGUUGAACGCUGAACAGACAUGGUCAGACCCAAACUGUAACUUUCAAGUCGUCUUUCUCUUCUCCUGCCUGCUCUGCAGCUCUCCUCUCUUCUCCACCCCCAAAGCCUUCUCCCGCUGAGCUCGGAAUGAAAAGCUCCAUUGGCAGCGGACGCAUGGAGAUCUAAUUUUGCUCCAAGUUUCGGGUCAAGUCUGUGGAGGUUGUUGUUGGCUGUUGUUGUUUUGCUGUUCCCUUGGUUUUAUGGUCUGCUCAUGCGUCGGGAAUGCCAUGGCCACUCCGAGCGCACAGCAGCAGCACCAGGAUUAUUUCAGAUCGGUGAGCAGCGAGUCCACCACCUACAUGAUGGUCCCGACCGGCGGGCCGGGCGGGCCGAGCGGGACGAGGCGCCGGGAAGCGCCGUCCAAGAUGUGGGUGGCGAUGGUAGUGAUAGUGGUCGUGGUGCUGCAGAUUGCCUCCACCACGGGGCUCUUUCUCUACCUGAACAUGUCCAUAUCGCAGGUGCGUAGCCAGGGUGUCACAGAGGAGCUGAAGUGCCUGAGUUUACUGAAUGCCCUGGAUAAGGACCAGGACAUCCCCGACCAGCUGGCCCAGCUCUUUGGAGAGCCCUGCAUCAAACUGGCCGAAGGCAUCAAAGCAUACAUCUCCAAGGUGACAGAGAACAUCAUCUCCAAACAAACCUUCAUAGAAGCGAGAACCAUGCCUCACUCGUUCAACAACUCGGGGUCAAAGUUCAUGACAUCGGUGGCCCAGAGGCCAUCUGCCCACUUGACCCUCAGAGACACCAGCUCUCAAGGGUUCCCUCCCUACCCGAUCCCCACGCCAGGCCUCCACCAGUCCUGUCGCCAUGUAGUCCGUACAUGGGCCAAUCAGAGCUUUGGAGCUCACCUUCACAACAUGACCCUGUCCAAUGGGAAGCUGCGAGUGCCUCAAGAUGGGCGGUACUACCUGUACUCACAGGUGUAUUUUCGCUAUCCGUCCCCAGCAGCCAGUGACGGAGACCAGCGCAGUGUCAGCCACCAGCUGGUGCAGUGUGUCUACAAGAAAACCUCCUACCCAAGCCCUAUACAGCUCCUGAAGGGGGUGGGAACAAAGUGCUGGGCUCCAGACGCCGAGUACGCCCUCCACUCUGUCUACCAGGGAGGACUGUUUGAGCUGAGGGCCGGCGACGAGCUCUUCGUCUCCGUCUCUUCCCCAACCAUGGUCAACGCAGACGAUUCCUCCAGCUACUUUGGCGCCUUCCGCCUAGACCUCUGAGAGGAAAGGAUGGAAGAAAAAAGGAACAGAUGGGACAAUGGAUGCAUAAAUGGGUGGGCUAGAGAUGAUGAGUUAGGGGCCUUUUGAAUAGCCGUUGAUUGGAAAACAGGUCAUUUAGACAGAGCUGUGCGAUGUUGGCCUGGAUCUUGGAUCCUCAAUGUUUGCUUGGACGGAUGCAUUGACGGAUGGAAGGAUUGAGGUUUGAAGGCUUCGCUUGAGUGAACGCAGCAAGAUGAUGUGGUGAAAGGGAAAAUAAAGGGUGGAUUUGUCUUCCUAACUCACCAUUAAGAGAAACCUAACCGCCGAGAGCAAGCUAUACAAAGAUACAUGUGCUAUCAUGCGAAAGUAAAUGUGAGGAUAUCGAUUUUCUGUUGAUUCUCAAGGAAGGAAAUUGCCUUUUGGAUGUCAAAAAGAAAAGUAAACCACAGAAAAACAUUCAAAACCUUGAGGUCUUCCUGUUAGACGAGAAUCACCCCAAAAAAUUACGCCACCCUGCUGCCUGUAUCCCAAAUUAACACAUGAAUCUCGGUGUAUCUCGCACAUCAACAGCCUUUUUGUGGGAAGCAAUCGGACCCUUGGAUUUGGAUUCCAGACAGAAGAAUGUACACACAAUAAAAACUCAAACCUCUGUAUCGAAUAUGUGAGGAAGGACAGUGGAAUGGUAGCAGAACAAAAUCAAAUGAUCAAACCAAAGCAAAAGAUUUCUGGAAUAUAACUUUUUUUAAAGCGUGCCAUGAGCGUACUGAACAUAUGAAUGGCUGAGAAUGAUAUUUAGAAAAUGAACUGUGAUUUUAAAAGUAAUUCAUAUGUAUUUUACCUUGACUGGACUUAAAACCACUUGGAUCUUGCUGAGGACUAUCUACCUGCAAUGCUAGAACUGUGGAUUUUAUGCAAGGGUGUUUUUAAGAGGAGGAUAAGGAUUACUUCUUUGUACUGGAUUCAGUAAUAAGACUGUGAGAAGCAGCAUAGAGUGCCUUCUGAGCAAAGGAGUCUGCAAGGAAAGGAGGAAUGAAAGAAAUGCCAAUAAGAAUGAGCCCAGCAGAAGAAGAUAAAAGGAAAGAGAGAGAAAGAGGCUGAGGGUGGUAUGCAGCCCGACCAGUCUAUGUUGGUGAACUCUCUUCUCUCUCUUUCAAUUUCCCUCACAAUCUUUUUCUUUCUUUUCAUGUAAAGAAUUUGAUCUAUCUUGUCUUUCUUGUCCACCCUGUGAAGCUGCAUUUAGUUUUGUUUUAAGGAUCCGUUAAGUAACCAACCAGAAAACAACAGACACACAGUACGGGAACAAGAUGACAGACACACGUGCAAAUAGGCUAGUCGCAAAAACACAAAAAACAUUCACAGCACAUGGUUUAGGUGAUUUUCAGAUCAAAAGAAAAAGGUCUAGGUUCUUUAGAAGUCUUGGUUACAUGAAACAGUUAUGGCAGUAUUUUAAGAGCAAUGUUUCAGCUUGUUGGUAGAACCUGCUUCACACUGAAAUAUACUCACUGAAAUAUUGUUAAAACACGUAGAUAUCUGAAGAAAAAAAUCACUUUUGCACCAAAUUAGAGUUAUAACCUAGACAUCUGUUGUCCUGAGAAUCACCAAAACCAGUUGCUUUUUGGUUUCAUCACAAACCAAAAAAUGACAGCUAGGGCUGGAGAAUUGAUGGUACACAAAAAUAUCAAAAUUACAUCUUGACCUGAAGCUGGAGCACACUUACUUGAGCACAGAAACUAAGAUUAACAUUAAAGAAAUAGUUUGUCAUUUGGUGAAAGUUGCUUAUUCGCUUUCUUUGAUACCACUGUCAUGGCUUUCUGUUAAAUAUCAAACUAAAGCCAGGAGACAGUUAGCUUAGCUUAGCACAAAGACCGGAAGCACUGUCUCCCGGCUGUAGCUUCAUAUUUAAUGGACAGUUUUGAGAGUGGUAUCAAACACAUCUAAUUCUUGGCAAGACAACAAAUAAGCAUAUAACUCAAAAUGUCAAACUGUUCCUUUAGUAUGCACCAUCCAGCCACUUAAUCAGAUGUGUUUUAACAUUAUAGUAACAGUUAGUUGGACAGAUAAAAGUUAGUUGCUAACAAGAAAACAAAAUUUGAUGUAUUAGUGCUGAAACUGUUAGAAUCAUGGUCAAGUUGUACUUUCAGACAGACCAACAGCUGUUGAACAAGAGAUGAAUGCCUCCAAUAUGGCUGCCAAGCGGUCACAGAAAAGGUGAAUUUUAGGAAAACACAGACACAGACACACAUAAAGAAAGACUUGGAAGGAGCGAGAGAGACUAUUCGCAGACAUAAACCAUGCGCCGACUAGCACAGACUCAACCCCUACAUGUUUUUUUGGCUGGCACACACAUGCACAUGUAUGCACAUAAAGGAGGUACACACAUAUCACCUCAGACCACAUCCAGGCUAGUCUGUGCUCCGCAGACACACAUACACACACACAUCAUCCAGUGGAACAUGCAGUGUUAAGAGACACAAACACACUCCGACAUACACUUAUUUAUCCACACUGUCUAGCCUCCCUAUGCCAUCUGGUAGCUGUCAGUAAUCAGUCAGAGGCAUGGAGGGAGUGUGUGUGUGUGUACACUUACAGAAUGUGUUUGUUCAAAGGGCUUGGCUCGCAUGGACAAUUCAUAAAACAAGGUCAAACAAACAUACACACACAUAAUUUUGUUUGUGUACGUGACCCUCAAUUUGUUUUCCCUGAGAGGAAAGGAUUUAUAUGCUUACACACACACACACACUUUGACACACACUUAAUAAGGUGACAUCCGGGCUAAGCCCAGCCUUCUGACACUGCGGUUCACCUGUACCUGUGUGUACACUCUAUGCAAGGCUACAUUAAACUAUGGAUUUGUUAGGGAAGCUAUGAAAACACAACUUUUUCUGUGCACAAAAUUGAGGGCAAAUUUAAUUUUGUGUUUGAUUGCUGUUUUACCUGCGUUUUUUGGUGGGUGGCAUGCACCUGCUCACGUUUCUGUUGGGCUUUCUCUCAGCCCACCGAUGCUCCGUGAACUUGAGCCUAAGUCAGUUUAUUUAAACUUCAGCAAUCAUACGGCCUUUUCUUUCUUGUACUCCAACCAAAACAAACAGUUCAUUGAAACAGGUCCAGCGAUGAUGAUAAUGCAAAGUACACACUUGUAAUCUAAAAGCCUAAAUCCCUAGGCCAGCUGGGAAAACUUUUGAUUUGAAUGUGUAUAAGGUGUGUUUGUACUGGACAGUUUUGUAGCUGUGAACAUGUGUAGCACAUUGUUGCUAAGAAAAUAAACAAAUAUUUGAACUUU